CGACCUAAGGAGCCGUGAUGCCACGGUAUUGUUUGUCGUCGUCUCGAAGUCGUCUCGCUUCGAAAUCGCUGCUACUUUUUCGAGCAACUACAAUCAAAGAUGUUAUCAAUCAUAACAAGGUCGCUGUUUUGUGUGCCCUCAACUGCUCUCUGACUCGACACGAAAUUUCUUGUUUGAUUAUGCUGAAAAUUGUAUCGAGUCAGGAGUCCCCCUUCGUUGGCGCCAGUGAAUCUCGUUAUGGUGGUUGUGCAAGAACUACAACUCGACGACUCUGCAAAUUUUGCGUCGCUCAGCACGACGUGAGUAAUUACGGUGUCAUGUUUCCACAAUUAGUUGUUUUUCUUCUGGAAAGCAGAAUUUUCUGGGUACCUAUUGGUAUUUUUCUAAAAUGAACUUCGAGAUGCAGGAUUACAUGUACUACACAUUGCUGGAGUUUUUCGUUUUUUUCGUGUACAUGGUUUUAAAGAUGAGUGCCUUAAAAGCGUUGGUCAGUGUGAGGCAAUGCCGCGUGAGCCGCCGACCUGUGCCUCCUCUUGGAGCUGGUCGGCGUAUGCCACUUGUGCACUUUCGUCUUAAACGAUGCUAACGUCCAAAAAAAUAGAAAAGCAACUGAAGUAGUGGAG